AUGCGCAUACACCCUGUGUUCCAUAUAAAUCUUCUUACUAAAUUUCAUCCUGAUCCUCACGGACGCGACCCUCCCCAACCUGCACCCAUUAUCACAAAAGAAGGAGAGGAGGAAUAUGAGGUUGAAAAAAUCCUGGAUAGCAAAUGGAAAGGACGUGGUAAAACAAGGAAACUCUGGUAUCUGAUUAAGUGGAAAGGAUAUGAUGAAGGAAGCAAUUCCUGGGAGCCAAUUGAUAAUGUGGCCAAUGCCAAGGAAGCAAAAGAAGAGUUCCAUAAGGAGUACCCUGAUGCAGUUGGAGCUUGA